CAGCGCGACCAACUUUGUCAACAACGACGGAGACGAUCGACCUCGACGACGUCAGGCAAGAGGGAUCGACCUUGAUCUCUUCCGUUGUGGCUACACGAACGACAGAACGACACAACGGAUCUCGUUGGGAUAGUUCCGAACAUAUCGAUCUACAUCUACCAUCAGUAUUGUGCCAUGCCGGCGAAAACGGGAUCCUCGAACUCCUCCUAAACCGCUUCCAAGACAGACCUCGAGACCGAGGCCACAUCAUGUCUGCUCAGGUUACCUCCAAAGCGGAAGAGAACAGCUACGAUGUCAUCCUUGAUUGGGCGACAAGAAGGGAAGCUGUUGUUAAGUGUCGAGUGUCGGACAUCUAUCGCCUGAGGGCGUCAAGGAGUUCGAGGGGGACCAACGAUGGGAUAUUCUUCCUGUGUCAUCAACCAUGUAGGAUGGUUCAGGUCGUAGGUUGGGUCUCAGCCAUCUCGUUCGAAUCGGUACACAGGGACGCUCUGGAUUCGGACGUCAAAGUCUCGGUGACUAUCGAUGAUCCUGAUGGACAGUAUAAUAUUACCGCUCACCAGAUUCUCUCAAACCACCCCCGUGCGGAGCCUGCAAGACCUCUCCCAACAGCAUAUUCGAGCAAGACCAAACCCAUUUACCGAUACGUGCCCAAGAACACCCACGCCAAUACCACUCCUUCGAAUACCCGAGGAAACCUAGGAGGGUCUAGUGUCCGCGAAGAUAUAUCAGGUUACGCUGUCAAAGAAGCUAAAAGGCCUGUCUUCCCAAACUACCGAGUUGGGGAUACGCUGAGCAUCAAGGGGAGGGUCAAUGAGUGGAAGAGACGGGAUGGGAGGGUGAUCAGAGAGUUGAACGCCAACUUGUCGAUGGGAGGAGAGAUCGUCAUUAUCGAUCCCGCUGAAGAGAUUGCCCACGUCCGGCUCGUCGAUCACCUCCGGACGACCGUCUACAAUCGACCGUUCGUUGUACCCGCUCCGGAGCCUCUCAACCUCAGACAGCCGGCUACGAGUUGUCAUUCUACGCCGACCAAGUUCAAGCCAGGAUGUGCGAGUGGGGUAGAGGGUGGGUCGCCCUUGAAGAAAAGGAGAUUGGGUGCCGAGCCGAGUAGCGAGGUGGAGAUGAAUGGGACUAUGGGGAUGAGCUCGACAGCGACCGGGUAUGGAGAUCGCCUACGACAUCCGCUUAAACUGCAUAGGAAACACUUGACCUUGACGACGUUCACGAGGUACCUAUCCUCCUACCUCGAGCGAAUGACGGAGACGACCUGGGCGACCGCGGCAAAUUCGAGCUCAAACAGAGCAAAGGGGAUCAAUAUCAAUAUCAAUACUGUCGACUUGGAAUCCACCGAGACUCUACAAUUCGCUGCAAAAUACCUGCCCGAGCUGCAAUGGCCGACCAAGGAGAUGCAGGCGAUCUUCCGUAAACGCAAAGAGGCAAAGGAACGGGAACGAGCCACCGCAGCAGGUGUGAAUCCAAGUCUGAGUUCGAAUGGACCGCUUGAUAGACAUCGAGAUCGAGGUGGGAACGACGAUACCCCCCGAGCACAUAGGAUCCUUCGGACGAACUUGACGCCGAGGAGACAAACUUCCUCCAGCUCCAUCUCGACGGUCAUGCCCAUUUCAGGAUCUGUCGCGGUCUCUGACGAGAACUCCAACUCCUCCGGCGGAUCUACCGUGGAGGUCAUCUCGGGGGCUUGUAGUUUGGAUCAUCUCAUGCACGUCGACUACCUUCGCGACCUGGCCGAUCGGGUGUUGAGGCAAGAAUACCGUCGACGGGGUGAUCGUCGCAAAGCGCAAGCUAUGACAAACCCUUCUAGUCUCACGGACGGGCGGGAAGAAGAAAGAGCCAAACGGAAAGCGGACAAGGAAGAAUAUCGACGGGAGAGGAAACGGAAAUUAAGGAGAUUGUUCCGGGAAGGGAUACGGUUGAAGAUGAUGGAAGAAGGGAGCAUCGUCGAGGUCGCCUUGACCGAAGAGGAUUUGAAGGAACAGAGGGUCGAGAAGGAAGCGAGACGAUCGAGAAAGAAGAUGUUGGAAGCAGAAGGUGGAGCGGAUUCGUUUGAGAGGGGUUGGGAUGCGAGUUUCGCUUCGACCUUUUCGAUCUCGAAUGCCAGCGUGUUGGGGGACAAGACGGACUGGACGAACGUCUCUACACGAUCCACGAUUGGGAAUCGGUCACAAUGGCCGGGGUCGGCGAGUCAAAGCCAAAAGAUCUUGCUGGCCAAUCGGAUGUUUCCCCGUCCACCUGGGAUUGUGGUCAACGAGGAUGAGUCGGACGACUCUGAAGGAGACAGACGUGAUCGAAUCUCCAAGAACGACAAGGACGUUGACCUGGAAAAGCCUGAUCCGAUCGGGUACGUCUCGCUCACAUCUCGCGUGAUCGGGAUAGCGAUCCUUCACAUCCUCCAUCUCGACGCAUGGGACCGGACCCGAAAAUACAUCCCUCGAGGUGAUCUCAGGAAUGGGAACGGACUGACUGUGGAAGAAAUACACAAGCGGAUAGCAAGGCUGCAUGAGAGGUGGGAAAAGGUCGGGCUGGACGUCGUAGAUGCGGGGGUGGAGGAUCUGUUGGCAGGCGGGUCGAUUGCGCGGUUUGGGAAGGGAUGGAAGGCGGUCAAGAUCCGGACGGAGGAGGGGUUAUGAUGAGAGAUUAGAGAAUAGUGUAUCUUGUUCUAAAUUGCGUGCCCAGUGCCGCUGAUAUAAUACAGUGUACGAGUACAGUAUGUCGUGG